UCAAUCUUCCUUCAUAAAGCCUAUUGAUCCUUAAAGAUUGUUGACGAUAUACGAUCAACUAGGGUGCUUAAUCAUUAGCAUGCUAACACCGAUUCCUGCCACGCAAGUUAUAUUUUUUGAAGCAUUUCACCCACUCAUCAAUCAACGAAUCCCAAAAUGGUGAAACGAUAGAGGCUGAAGUUUGGACACCCAAGUCAGAAAGUAACGUAUGCACUCUCUCCGAUAGACACGAAUCUGGGAAAGAUGCCUCAUGUACUUCUUCACAUACAGGGCUUAAUUUGAGAAUGUAACACAAGGCAAGUUAAUUUUCCUAGUUUUUGGCAUAAGUCUGGAAGUCGUACACUUCAACUUUUGAAAGCAGCUGAAUUUACCAAGAGAAAAGCAAACAUUCAUAGCUUCAUGGGGUUGGGCUGGGAGUCUUAUUUUAGUCAUGAAUCCAUCACUCAAAAUUGGUUGACAAACGAUUUCAAUUUCCCUGAUAUUUACUGCAGCUUAAAAAGUGAAUAUCCUGGUGAAGAAGGAAAAUUGGGUGUUUAGAAAAUGGUGAUUCAUUGAUCAAAAUUAUUCAUUCAUGGUUCUGAGAUCUGGAGAGCCCAGUCUGAGGGGUUGGGGACUUAUACUAAUGCCUAUCCCAGGAACUUCCUGGUCUGAUGUUUAAAUACUAAUUUGAAUAAUUUUUACCAAAUAUAAUAGAAUUUUUAAUAAUUUCUCUUCCUCAGCCUAUACUCUUGCUGUGGUUCAUUGACAGAAGAGAACAGAUAGGGUGGAGAAUAAUUAUCUAAAUUUGUCUCUUUUAUAAGCUCACUAGGAUGAAGCAAAAGAUCUUCUCACCAAAUCAUGCUGUUUAUAUAUUAUACCUAAUUUAAAAAUUAUUAAAUAUGUCCCAAAAGGCCCAAAAACUCAUUGUAUACUUUAUCAAACAAUGGAAUAAAUAUAGGCACUUUUAUUUAUCUGAAUUCAUAAUUGUUCGAAUGUUCUCGUCUCCUUGAAGUGAAAUUUUCAAACUCUUCCAAUAUCCCCUCAGGUCUCUCUUUUCAAACAAGAGGGUAGGCUUAUGAGUGCCAAUGGUUUCAGAUUGUUAAGCUUUCAGAAACUCUGAAACAAUGAGUGCCUCCUUAAUAAAAAUUAGAAAAAGCUAUUCAUCUUCUAAUAGCCGACAAUUAAGUUUCUGAUUUAUAAGGUUUUCAGAGAUUCAUGAACUUGGAUAACAGUAGACUCCCGAAGCUAUUUCGAUAGUAAAUAGAGUUGUUUAAACUCCUAUUGCUCUAAUAAUUCGCAAUCAAUUCAGGGGAGAGACUCAGAGGGUUGUUUGAAAUAAUUUUCUGGUACCAACUUCAGAGAUUUUUGAUUCAAUGUGGAUGAAUUUUAUUAAAAUAAGAAAUUUACAACUUUUUCGUUGACUGAAACAAUGAAAGAGUCCUCAUCACAGGCAAGAUUAAGACAAUCAAUUUUUACUAAAAAUACCACCUAAAGUAUUCAAAACGAAGUUAUAAUAUUGAAACCUAGGUGGUAGUUCAAUGGUUAAUGAAUCAAAGAUGGUUCUGAAGCCUGAAGAACUCAACAAAGACUCUCAAAGAGACUUUACCACACCUGAUAACUUAAGAUAUACUUAAAAUCAUGAAUG